ACCUUUCCGAGGGCCAGGAAUGAAUGCUUCAAACUUUUCUGAGUCUCUCUCUGGCUUCACGAGAGGAAAAGAAGAGAGAGAGAGAGAGAGAGAGAGGAGUCUGUCUCUCCGAGCUUGUAUUCAAUUACAGAUGAAUAGUCAAGUUGCUUAGACUAUUGAGCGUGCAAUUUGGGAGAAGAUGGCCAUCAUGAAGAGCCCUUCCUCCGUUAUUCCCUCCCAAGAUUUCGGUGAAGUAGUGGGAGAUCGCCACACCACUUUCUUCGAUUGCUUUUUUUGAACACCACCAAUUCCUAGUCAUCACUAGCCGAGAGUUUGCAGAGGGUUGGAAGAUGAGAAUACGAAUUAUUGAGCAGCAAUCCUUCAAUGCACUUGGUGGAAUCUGCCAAACAAUCCGACCCUUCGCAUACUGUCCAAUGCGUCGCGCCAAGCCAUCACCGAUCUCCUUCACUCACUCUUUUCUUAGAAUCUCCCGCUGUUCGGCGAGUGUCUUGACGGUCACAACAGAGGAAGAGAUGGAGCAAGCGUUUGACGCCAGAAAAGCCGCCUUGCUGGUCCAGGAGCUGAGGAAGAGCUUCAACUCAGGCAAGACGAAGAGCUACGAAUGGCGGGCUGCUCAGCUGCAGAGCAUAAGCAAGAUGAUUGAUGAGAGGGAGAAAGAGAUCAUCCAAGCUCUUCAGCUCGACCUCUCCAAGCCCGAGCUGGAAGCGUUCGUCUCCGAGAUCUCCAUGACACAAUCAUCGUGUCAGAAGGCCCUCAAGGAUUUGAAGCGUUGGAUGGCACCAGAAAAGGUCAGCACUUCGAUAACAACCUACCCAUCAUCGGCAGAAAUAGUAUCGGAACCAUUUGGGGUCGUGUUAAUCAUAUCCACAUGGAACUAUCCAUUCCUGCUAUCUCUUGAUCCAGUAAUUGGUGCCAUAGCAGCUGGUAAUGCCAUUGUCCUGAAGCCAUCAGAGAUCGCUCCUGCAACAUCUUCUUUACUUGCUGGAUUACUUAGUGAGUAUGUGGAUAGAAGCACAAUAAAAGUAGUUGAGGGAGCGGUUCCUGAAACAUCUGCUCUAUUGGACCAGAAGUGGGAUAAGAUAUUCUACACAGGUAGCACAAGAGUAGGGCAUAUUGUCAUGGCCGCUGCAGCAAAGCACCUUACUCCUGUAGUUCUGGAACUUGGAGGAAAAUGUCCUGCUAUUGUUGAUUCAAACAUUAAUUUAGAGGUUGCUGCAAGAAGAAUGAUAGCAGGGAAGUGGGCUUGCAACAACGGGCAAGCAUGCAUAGCUAUUGAUUACAUAGUGACAACAAAGUCAUUUGCUCCGAAAUUGGUGGCUGCUCUACAACUUACACUAGAGGAAUUUUUCGGGAAGAACCCUUUGGAGUCACAAGACAUGUCCCGUAUAGUGAACUUAUAUCACUUCAAACGUUUGGCUAAACUCCUCGAUGAGGAUGGAACCUCCGAUAAGAUUGUCCUGGGAGGGCAAAGAGAUGAGAACAACUUAAGAAUAGCUCCAACCAUCUUGCUUGAUGUUCCUGAAGACUCUCUGAUCAUGCAAGAGGAAAUAUUCGGACCGCUACUGCCCAUUCUCACUGUCGACAACAUAGAAGAUGGUUUUCAUAUGAUCAACUCAAAGCCGAAGCCUCUGGCAGCAUAUCUCUUCUCCGACGAUAAUGGUUUGCAGAAGCAAUUUGUCCAGAACAUAUCUGCUGGAGGAAUGCUCAUCAAUGACGCUGUCCUGCAUCUCACAGUUCCAACUCUACCUUUUGGCGGGGUUGGAGACAGCGGGAUGGGUGCAUACCAUGGGAAAUUUUCUUUCGAUGCUUUCAGCCACAAGAAGGGAGUACUGUACAGAAGUUUCAAAGGAGACGCCUCCACAAGGUAUCCGCCGUACACGCCAGAGAAGCAAAGGUUGUUGAAGGCAUUGAUAAGCUUCAACAUCAUUGGCAUCAUCCUUGCGUUACUUAGAUGGUCUGAAAAAUGAAGUGCCUCAAACAUCUGUGGCGAUGGAUGGGAUAGCACAUUAUCAAGAUUCAGAGUGAAGUGAAUGACACAAUAAAUACGCCAAGUCGAACUAUUAAUGUGGAAUGACUCGGGACAAGUGAUUUUCGAACCCUGUUUCAGUGUACCCUUGUUGAAUCUUGAUCAUAUAUAGCUUCACCUCAGAAAACAGAGUUGCCGGUAGCAGCCCGUGGAGAGCAAGUCAAUAAUAGACCGAGAAGUUUUUAGACUUGAAA